AGAUUCCAUGUCUUUUUCGUACCAGUAAAGUGCUUGGCCGGCCCAAUCGCACAACCUGUCUUCUCCAGCAAUCCCACCUUCGCUGCCAAGCAUACUCCUCAGUGCAGUUAAGUUCCGCUCAAAGAAGCACCCUACUCCCUUCCUUCCCCAAGCGCCCAACGAAUACAACGAGAAGAAAGGGAAAUAGAUACCAUAUGAAGAACACGCACGAACUCUUCCUUCUCCUCUUUCUUCUCUUCUCCCUUCGUUGCUCGAUGGCUAUGGCUUCUUCCGACGACUACACCGCCUUCGUCUACGUCGGCUGCUCGCAGACGAAGUCCGUCUCCGGCUCUCCCUACCAGUCCAACGUAGACUCUCUUUUGACGUCGCUCGCCAACGCCGCCGCCUUAUCCUCCUACGACAGCUUCACCUCCUCCGCUGCCUCCGCCACCAGCCCUGCCUACGGCCUCUUUCAGUGCCGCACGGACCUUCCCAACUCCGUCUGCGCCUCCUGCGUCCGCUCCGCCCUCGUCCAGCUCUCCUCCCUCUGUCCCUCCUCCACCGGCGCUACCGUCCAGCUCAAAGGUUGCUUCUUCCGGUUCGGGGACGAACCCUUCCUCGGCAAGCCCGACACCACUCUCCUCUACAAUAAGUGCGGAUCCGUCGCGCCUGACGAGCACAGCUCCGACCUCCUCGUCAUGCGCGACACCGCCCUGUCCGGCCUCGCGUCAGGGGGAGGUAACUACCGGUUGGGCACAGGCGGGAGCGUGCGUGGCCUGGCGCAGUGCGUCGGGGACCAGAGCCCGAACGACUGCGGCGGCUGCGUGGCGGCUGCGGUGGCGCAGCUCAAGGACAUCUGUGGCGUCGCCGACGCCGGAGAUGCUUACCUCGGGAAGUGCUACGUCCGCUACUGGUCCGAUGCGGCUGAUACGUCGGGUCACCAUCACGGGAAUCGGCCUUCCGGUGGUCGUCGCUGGUCCGUCAUCGCUUUCUUGUGCCUUCUCAGUGUUGCCACCUUGGGCUGUGUGUAGGUUUGUGUCGAUGAUGACGGUUUGAUGAAUAGGUUUCUGUCACAUAAAACAUUUCAUGUUUUUUGUUGUUUUGGGUGUGGUGUCUGCAUGUCUCUAUAUACAUAGGUUUGUAUGUACUCAGUGAUAAUAAACCAAUGAACAAUGUUUGUUCUCUCCCAUUAA